GAAACCAAAGAGAUAAGAUAUACCUUUUAUUAAUCCCCAUAGGAGAAAUUUAAAGUUACACACAGCAGCAUUUAACACUCAUUCAUUGAUUAGACAAAAAUACAUGAACACAACAACUUCAACACUUUCCUUCUUCUGUUGGCUCACAGGUACAAUAUGGCACCAUGGUGUGAAAGAGGAACUGUUAAUGGUCAAAGGAAAGCCAAAAGUCCAGAAGCAUAAUGUAAAUGUGAAUGCAGCUCAACUCCAGCUCUUAGUGGAGGGAAAGCAGCAACAAGAGGACCAGAGAGAGCAACUGGACAGAGUUCAGAGAUCACAGACAGAGGAAACAUCAGCAGCAGGAAAUAACACUGAAGACACUUUAAAACACAGAGAGACGCAGCGUUGAACGACGUGGACUAAAAACCUCCUGUAGUGACCGAGAACGAGGAGGAAAUCAUUGUGACACUGGAGGAUAUUCUCCAUCUUUUCCUGCUCUACCAUCACACUGACAGAGAAUGAUGAUGUUUUUGUCUUCCUAGUGUUGCAUGUUUUGCAAUAGAAAAGUAAUCUGGUUUUAACCCUUUAGGUGCCGGGUUUUAUUUUUAAAAAUACUAGAUUUUGACAUCUAAAUUUCAGAAGGCUCUGGCUUGAAAGUGGUUUGAGAUAGAGACAAAGUGUAAACGAGACAAAUAUUGAGAAUGACCUAAAGUUUAUCUAGGGAGUAAAUUUCCCCAUCUAAUUUGCAUAUUAUGACGUCAUAUGGCGACGUCCAUAUUGGAUUAUAUAAUUUCCAUGAAAUACCUGAUAUUUUGAAAGAGAGUUGAACUUAUUUCAUCAGAUUCACCCCCCCUCCAUCCAUUUGUUGUGUUGUACACAUAUCAAAUGAACAGGGAAAAGUAAAUUGUAAGCCAAAAGUCGUAAACUAGAACUAUUACUACCACAAAGCUCAUGUAAACAGUAGGCAUUUUUUAUGAUUUUUUACCCACUACCACCCCCCCUAUUGGAGGACACUUUUUCUUUCCUUUUUUAUUCUCUUCUUCAUUAUUAUUAUUAUUAUUAACAGUAGGCGUCUUUUAGCUGCAGAGGCCUAAUCCCAAAGCCCAUCCAGAUAAAAGUUUGUAGUAUUUGUAGUAUAGUGUGGAACCUCUCAUUGCAAGGCACAGUACUGAGACAAUAUGAACAAUAUUGAGACCCCACCACAUAGCCUAACAAAUGGACAGGCACACUGCCGCAUCGGAUGGCUGCGCCACUGCCGCACAUGGACGUACCGUGACUGGCGCGGUAGAAAGAGUGAACACUAACGCUGGUCCCAGCGCUAUUCUCACCACCUCCGCUACUUCUAUCCCGCUCACUAAACGACCGGCCGUCAUCUCCCAAAGGUAGAUUUUCCCCUCCAGAACCAGAGUCAGCGAAUAGGAGAGCCAUCACUUCCCUAAGCGUCAACUUUUUGCUUGCCAUUUUCGUUUAUUUCGCCUCAAUCACUCCUAAAUCCAGCAAUACCACUUCAGCAUAAAUAGCGCCCUGGCGGUUUUUUUUUCCGGUUUCUCACCCAACAGUUUGGACGGGACUUCCUCAAACAUUUUAAGAAUAAUAGUCUCUUCUCCUUGGUGCUCGGUAGAUUCAGGUUUCAGCUGGUUGCAGUCUGAAACUUCACCACUAGAGGUCACUAAUUCCUGCACACUGGUCCUUUAACUUUGUUUAUUCUCAGAUUAGUUCAGGCCUCCCACCUGAUACCUUUAUCCUUUUGGUGGGUCGGUCUCAGUCUUAAUGAUUCUCUUAACCCCUGUACUCGUUGUCCAUUUUUGUCCUGCAGACGAGAAUAAAACUGUAAACUUUCACUAACUCUGUUUUUAUUUGUUACCAUGUGUCUCAAAGCUGUUUCUGUCCCCCUCUGUUUGUAGCUCUCUCUCUUUCUGUCCUCUUCCAGGUCUCCAUGGUGGAGAGGAGGUCAUAUGGCUCGAGUUGUUCAAUGUCCUCCUGGAUCCACAUUCUUCACUUACAUUUUAUAUUCAUCAGAGAUUCUGACAUCAAAGUUUGAAUCUAAAGUGAUUGUGUUUGUUCUGUACAGUCGACAUCUAUUGUAUGUCUGUCCAUUCUGGGAGAAGGAUCCCUCCUCUGUUACUCCUCCUGAGAUUGCUUCCACUUUCAGAAUGAUGAUGUUGUUGUGAGCCUAGUUUACAACUUUGUUUUCACUGUUACAGCCAUAAAGCGUGGGUGGUUGUGGUGUUUCUUUCUCUUUCACUCUCGCUCUCUCUCUCUCUCUCUCUAUGCAGGUACUGACCUCCCUCUCUCUAACAGGUAGGUGUGUGCAGCUGACUCCAGUUACUAAUAUGAGCUGGGUCUGUAUAAACUGGGACCAGAGUUGCAGCUGUGUGCCAGUGGGUCGUCCGGCAGUGUCCACGCUGUGUGUCAGAGACGAGAGCUGUGUUCAGAUGAAAGCGGUCCUCCCUGAUAGUAGACUUUAACCAUGCAGCUACCUCUCUGAGUUGAGGCUCCUUGACACUCUCAUUCAACAGACUUUGACCGUGCAGCUUCCUCCCUGAUUUGAGGCUCCUUCACUCACUCAACAGAACUCCAGGAUGAUUCACAUGAAGGACAGACUGAUCCUAAAACCUGAGCUCAGUGCUAUGAAGUCUAUAAUGCUGUCCAGUGAUGGACUGUCCUUCAUCGGUGUUUUAAUGUGUCUGAUACUGACCUUUGAAGUUUGUGUUGCAGAGCAGUCAGAGUUGAUUUGUUCACAUCAACCAAUCGUAGCCCUGGCUGGUGAUGAUGUCAUUCUACCAUGUUACCUUGAUCCUCCAAUCAGUGCCAGUUCUGAGAAAGUGGAGUGGACCAGACCUGGUUUAGACCCAAAGUACAUCCAUUUUCACCAUAAUGGACGACUGAUUUAUGACAAUCAAAAUCCAUCUUAUUUUUACCGAACGAGACUGUUUGUGGAUGAACUGCAGAAUGGAAACGUCUCCAUGAAAAUCUUCAGAGUGAAAAUCUCUGAUGCAGGAAAAUACUUUUGCUUCCUUGAAUCAAUGUUGAAGGAAGCUUCCAUCCAACUCACUGUUGGUGUCGUCUCCACUCCCAUCAUAGAGGUUGUCUCCAAUAACAGUGGAAGAGUAGUUCUACAGUGUGAGUCUAAAGGCUGGUAUCCAGAGCCUGAGAUGUUCUGGCUGGACGGUGAGGGAAACCUCCUCUCUGCUGGACCUACAGAGACAGUCAGAGGUCCUGAUGACCUCUAUACUGUCAGCAGCAGAGUGACUGUGGAGAAGAGACACAGCAACAUCUUCACCUGUAGAGUCCAACAGAAGGACAUCAACCAGACCAGAGAGACACACAUCUAUGUUCCAGAUUAUUCAUUCACAGUUCAGUCUUAUGAUUGGAUUUGGAUCAUCAUUCUUCUUUGCAUCGAUGUGCUCAUCAUCAUCAUUCCUGUUUGUAUUAUUGUGCUGCUCAUUAUCACUCUGAUAAUAUGCAUUAGGAAGGAACCAGGAUAAAGAAAAUGAACUGACAGAGGAAGAAAAAGAUGAACAGCAAGCUGUAAAAAAGGUCCAUGAUCGCAAGAAAGCCAAAAGUCACUAAGAAGCUAAAUGCAGUUAAGAAUUUAUUUUAGAUCACAGACAGAAGAAGAAUCAGGAGCAGGAAAUAACACUGAAGACGAGAGACAGAAGACACUUGAAAAUACAGAGAGAUGCAGCAUUCAACGACGUUGAAUAAAGACUUCCUGUAGUGAUGGAGAACUAGAAAGUCGUAGAAAAGAAGAGUGGAGGAAAUCAUUGUGACACUGGAGCAUAUUCUUCAUCUUUUUCUGCUCUACCCGGGUAGGCGGCUGUCAGAGCUCAGACGUAGUGGGUGUCGUCCACUAAUCAGAAAGUUGGUGGUUAGAUUCCCUCCAGUCGGCAUUUUAAAGUGUCUUCGGGCAAGAUAUUGUACCCCAAAUGGCUCCAGAUGCUGCUGCUGUGCCGUGUGUGCGUGUGUGUGUGUGUGUGUGUGUGUGUGUGUGUGUGUGUGUGCAUUAGUUACUUUCUGAUGAACUUGAACCAACAUAACCUCAAAAUGCUGAAGCCGAAAGCAAUGACAGGGCUGGUCUGGGUAUCAUUGGAUAAUCUGUAAUUCAUUUGUCAUUUAAAAAUGUCAAUUUGUCUUUUAUUUCAUAAGAAAAAGGGUCUGAUUUAGGUUUAUGUGACCAAAGUCUAGUCACAGACAAAGGAAGACACAAGAAGUCCUGGCACUGUGCAACAGGUGAGGUUGAGACAGAGAUACACUUUCUCUUAAAAUCACAUUUGAAUACUUUAAAACAUUUAAUCCAACAAUUCCAAACUUUAAAGAGUUAAUCGACAAUAACAAACAAAAGAUUAUAUUGGGAGAGGGACAUGCAGCAAACAUAGAGCGACAAAAUGUCACAAACUGAGGGACAGACAUUAAAAUAUAAUUACUGAAUAAGACAAAUCAAUAUCUUGUACAUAUGGAACACACACACAUACACACACACACACAUAUGUUCUUUUCACCAGUAUUUCCCUGUCCCCUAUUCAACUGCAAUUGUUGUUUUGUAUUUAAUUAAUAGUUUCUUUAUUAAAUGUAUUCUUAAUGUUUA